CUGAAUGAAAAAUUAGUUACAUGAUUUUUAUUAUUUUUGCCACUAGGUGUGCAUACCUGCUUUGUGUGUAAAGAGAGAAAGGCAGAUCUGAAGCGCUGUGUUGUAUCCCACUGUGGAAAAUUCUACCAUGAAGCCUGUGUGAAAAAAUUCCACCUUACCGUGUUUGAGAACAGGGGUUUUCGAUGUCCUCUGCACAGCUGCCUCAGUUGUCAUGUUAGUAACCCCUCCCAUCCACGAAUUUCAAAAGGAAAGAUGAUGCGCUGUGUUCGCUGUCCUGUUGCAUACCAUGCUGGAGACGUGUGCAUUGCUGCGGGAUGUGCAGUCAUCGCUUCCAACAGCAUUGUUUGUACGAAUCAUUUCACUGCCAUGAAAGGAAAAAGUCAUCACGCGCAUGUCAAUGUGAGCUGGUGCUUUGUGUGUUCCAAAGGAGGAAGCUUGCUGUGCUGCGAGUCAUGUCCUGCAGCAUUUCACCCGGACUGUUUAAACAUCGAAAUGCCAGAUGGGAGCUGGUACUGCAAUGACUGCAGGGCAGGGAAGAAACUCCAUUUCCAGGAUAUUAUUUGGGUUAAACUGGGAAAUUACAGAUGGUGGCCUGCAGAAGUUUGCCAUCCGAAAAAUGUCCCCCCAAAUAUCCAGAAAAUGAAGCAUGAAAUUGGAGAAUUUCCUGUGUUUUUCUUUGGUUCUAAGGAUUACUUUUGGACGCAUCAAGCACGGGUGUUCCCUUAUAUGGAGGGAGACAGAGGGAGUAGAUACCGGGGGAUUAAAGGAAUUGGAAAAGUCUUCAAAAAUGCUUUGCAAGAAGCUGAAGCUCGAUUUCGAGAAAUAAAGCUACAGCGAGAAGCCAAAGAAACCCAAGAAAGUGAACGUAAACCUCCACCAUACAAGCAUAUUAAGGUGAAUAAACCUUGUGGUAAAGUGCAGAUAUAUACUGCUGACAUUUCUGAGAUUCCCAAGUGCAACUGCAAACCCACAGAUGAAAACCCUUGUGGCUUUGAUUCUGAGUGCCUCAAUCGGAUGUUGAUGUAUGAAUGUCAUCCACAAGUUUGUCCAGCAGGAGAACGAUGUCAAAACCAGUGCUUUACAAAACGUGAAUACCCUGAGACAGAGAUCAUCAAAACAGAUGGGAAAGGGUGGGGUUUGGUUGCAAAGAGGGACAUUAAAAAGGGAGAGUUUGUGAAUGAGUAUGUUGGUGAACUCAUUGAUGAAGAAGAAUGUAUGGCAAGAAUCAAAUAUGCACAUGAAAAUGACAUUACUCACUUCUAUAUGCUUACUAUUGAUAAGGACCGUAUUAUUGAUGCUGGCCCCAAAGGGAACUAUUCUCGUUUUAUGAAUCACAGCUGCCAACCAAAUUGUGAAACUCUGAAAUGGACGGUAAAUGGAGAUACUCGUGUUGGCCUGUUUGCUGUGUGUGAUAUUCCUGCAGGGACAGAGCUGACUUUCAAUUACAACCUUGACUGUCUGGGCAAUGAAAAAACAGUCUGCAAAUGUGGUGCCCCAAACUGCAGUGGAUUUCUUGGGGACAGACCAAAGAAUUCUUCCACUAAUGCCUCAGAAGAAAAAGGCAAAAAGACCAAAAAGAGAACACGGAGGCGUAGAACGAAAAAUGAAGGGAAGAAAGAAUCUGAAGAUGAUUGUUUUCGUUGUGGUGAUGGAGGCCAGCUGGUGUUGUGUGACAGGAAAUCUUGUACUAAAGCCUAUCAUCUCUCCUGUCUUGGUUUGGUGAAACGUCCUUUUGGGAAGUGGGAGUGUCCUUGGCACCACUGUGAUGUUUGUGGCAAACCUUCUGUUUCAUUCUGCCACUUCUGCCCAAAUUCUUUUUGCAAGGAACACCAAGAUGGGACAGUACUAAAUUCUACAUUGAAUGGACAGUUAUGCUGCUCUGAACAUGUUCUCGGGGUGGAUUCUGUUGAAACUCAGAAGACUGAGAAACCCCGCAAAAAACUGAACAAGUUGAAGCCUAAGAGAAAGGAGAGGAACAGAUGGAUGAGAACCGAAUGCAAAUAGUCAUGGACUGCAGUUACUACUGCCAACACUAUCUUGUAGAUAAGUUGUGAAUAUUACCAGGGAAGGACACAGUUUUACAUAUAUUCUGUAAAGGUUACGGGGGGGGGAAGGGAAGGGAGGGAUAUUUUGUUUUGUUUUGUUUUUGUUUUGUUUUAUAAAUCCACUGAGCCAACCACAGCAGUCUUCUGCUGCUUCUGCACUGAUAACGAACUGCAUAGUUCAGAAAAUUUCAGGACAAACCAAACUUAUUACUCAGCAUUACAGUUACACUUGAAUUGUUACGAAUGUAUAAGGUUCCCUCCAAUCUUCUUUCAGGUUGGAGGUAGGUUAAUAUCAAAGCAGGUAGGCGUAAACAUAGAUUUUGAGAUAGUAUUUGUCAAUCAACAGAUGUUUAAAAUAGUAUAUCCUUGAAAGAAGAUACUAGAUCUUGAGUCCUUUUAAGUGAGAAAUGGCUUGGUCUGUGGUCCCAAUGAGAUUUGCUUGCCUUAUGUGUUUUUGAGCAAGUGCUUGAAUGCCAUUCAUGAUCCAGGUGCAUAUCCACACACACAACAAUUUGUUUGUGCUCUUAUAAAAUAACUCUCCAACGAUUCUUAAAACAUAUUUUUCAGUAUCUUCCCACUAAGAUUUUUAUGGUACGUGGUGGGAAAGGCAUUCCCUGUACCAGAGAUGGGAAAUCUUGCACUGUAAGAGACUUUUUUCUAUACUAUUUUUUCCUAUAUUUCAUUCCAGCAAAAUAGAAUUGAUUUGGUCUUGCAGAACUGUACAGGUCUGGAUUUAAAGGGAUAUCGUUUUGCAAUCUAGGCCCAGUGCCCUAGGAUUUUUUUUGUUUGUUUUAAGAAGAAUAAAUAAUACCAAGCCUAUUGUUUGAAGAAAAAAUGAUUCUUUGCUCAAUGCCAAACAAUGCAGAGGCAGACAUUUCUUCGGAAUUCUUGGAUUCCAGGCAUUGCAACUUUAUGGCAAUGCAAAAAAUGCCCAACGAGGAACAAAAAAGAAAACCAUGGAUGAGACAAUGGAACAGAAGGUGAAGCUUGACUGGCUGCCCAAGUGCUAAAUCUAAUUUAUCCAAACAACUAAUUAAAAGUGAAGGCAAUUUUUGAAAAAAAAAGCAUAUGAGGAACAGUUUUAACACAAAGUUAACCUGACUCCAUUCCUUUUUGUACAAUUUAUGUAGAACUGGCUACUUGACUUGUCAGACUGCUCAAAAUCAUUCUUGAGUUUUUUUAGGAGCUGUGCUCUUGACUAGCUGAUGACCACUGUGUUGUGUCAGCAAAGCUGUUUUGAGUUCUUUGCUCCCAUGCGAUUCCUACUCUUGCAGUGAGAUAAAGACACAAGAUUUAGUUUUAAUGGAAAUAAUAUAGAACUAGGAAAAAAUGGUAGAGAAAAAACCUGUUUCUUCCCAGUGCAUGUCAUUGGUGUGUGACUGAUUAGGCAGUGUUUUGACUUGUGCCAUGUUAUCCAGCCUAUGUAAACAGAAUGUGUGCCUUCAUUGAAGAAUUUGUGCAUGUUCUAGCUUAGUUUGCCUUUGAUAGUGCAGAAACUCUGUGUAGCCAUUUUGAAAUUGAAGCCUUGCUAUAUCAUAAAAUGUAAGUUUCUUUCCAAACGUUUUUCUUCAGAAUUUGAUUACAGAUUUAGAUUUUGGAAUUACUGAAAUCCCCACUUGUUCCCAACACUUGAAACUUUGGUGUUAUUAGGAGUUAUUAACUGAAACAGAUUUUAAAUGUAGCCUUGUCCUUGUCCUGAACUCACUGAUUUAUAUUUUGUAAGCAAACAGAUGUGUUUUUUUCUUUUAAUCCAUUCUAUAAACACUGUUGUAAAGUGUUGGGUUUUCUUCCCCAAAAUAAUCAUAUAAUAAUAAUUAUGGAUAAAACAGCUCAGUUCAAAAUGGGGGGAAAGUGUUUCAUGUUUGUGUCUUUAAACUGGUACGCCAAGCCUUGCACUCAAGGAAACAAUGAAGAUUUCUUAGUUGAGUUGGAGGGAAAUUUACCCUCUUCUAUAGAUAUUUGUUAUACCAGGACUGAAGCAUAGGCCUGUGCCUAAAAUGAAAACCAAAAAAAUGUGUUAUGUACAUUUCUAUCGCGUCUUCAGGAAAGUGAGAUCAGGUAGUAAAAUAGAAAGAUUAUCCUCAUCACUUUGAAACAAAAUGAAGGAAUUUUAUGUCAUUGGGACCAUUAUUUGUUUGAAUACUAUACCAUGUAAGGAAGACUUUAUAAGAAUACCUUUAAAUAAGUUAUUAUAAAAUCUUACCUUUACAUUCCACUGUUUUUAUAAUUUGUUAAAUCUGUAGUUGUUUCAUUGUUUUUUCUCUUCGUACAUAGACUCUGGCACCCUGGAACAAUUAUUCCCAAUGUCCUAAUAGGCAGAUUCCCCCUCUUAGAAGCCACCAGCUCCAAUAGUUACUGAUUGUCACUGUUGCAGAAACACCAUCGGUUUUCAGAUCGGUCGUGGAGCCUACAGCCCCCUGCCUUCCUCCUAGGUGGGGCCACAAACACAUUUAGUAAGGCAGGAUGCAGGACGGCCACCCCUUUUGUAUCUGUCUGUGGGUAAAUAAAGACUUCAGUGUUCAAAGAAA